AUGAGAAAACGUACAACCAUUCAAUCUAUCAUCGAUAUCGCCUCCAACGAGGUUCGUGUUCCCAAGAGCUUGGACUCUACGGCUGCCAUGACACCUGAUGUAGCUUCCGUAUGCUCCAUCUCGUCUUCGUUGCAUCCUGCUGGUCUUCAUCAUACUUAUGUUGAUAUCAACGGUCCCCCUAAUACGCUUGCAUUCAUAUCCACGGCUACGAAUGUUGCUAUGGAAAACUCUAGUCUGACUCCUCAGCAUAUCGCUUUUUACGAGUAUUUAGCUAAGUCCCCAACAUUAUAUCCUAUAUCACAUUCUUCUCCAAAUCGUUCUAGUAUCCAUUCGCCUACCUAUCCUCCAGUGAGCUCUACGCCUGAACCUGCUUUAGACUUGCUAUCUUCUGUCGGUGAUACCCUCUCUGGUUACGCGCAUUCCCCUAUCUUCGAGUAUAGCAAUUACCAAAUAAUCCAUGGUGUAUUGGACAUGGCCAACGUUACAAACGAUAUCUUUGAAGCGACAAACAACAUUCUUAUAUUGACCAGGGCGACCAAACAAAACAUGGUUAUUGCCUCCUCUGGGCUUGCUGAUAUGAUCUUUGAAAAAGAGGAGAUAUACACAGUAUUAUCAAGCCAGGUCCGACGGCGCCUUUACUACACCAUUACUUGUGUUGACAAGUUCAUGGGGACCGGAAUAUUUUCUGCGGUAGUACCGUUGUAA